AUGCCUUCUUAGCAAAGGGCUCUGCUGCUCUGGACAAGUUGAAGGACCUCUGUAAUGAAAGGAAAGAACAUCCUUCCGUGCUUUUGCAGCUCUAUACACAGGCUAUCUUAGACAUUACAUAUUCUGAGGAAAACCAGCUUGUGGAUGAAGAUUUUCCAGAAGAAUCUUCCUUGCAAAAAGUUAAAGAACUUAUUUGUGUUCUUUCAGAACCAGAAGACCUAGUGAGGGAAUGCAACAUAAAUGAAGAACCCAUCAACAUCCUUGGUACAGAGUUGUUAGAAUGCCUUUACUGGAGAAAAGGAGCGCUGCUUUACAUGUAUUGUCAUACAGCAAAAGAAAGGAGUGAAUGGCUACAAGGAAACAUUGCCAUAUUUAAAAAGUGUCUUAAUGAUGGAGUUCAUUACUUGACAAAGAUGCUUAGCUUUAGAUGCCCUCUUCAGAAAAAUGAAGAUGUCUCACUUCAAGAUAAAGACACAGCUAGAUUACUCAGUGAAGGUAUAUUUAGUGACACUCACUUACUGGCGAUGAUGUACACUGGAGAAAUGUGCUACUGGGGACUGCAGCACUGUGGAGAUGGGAAGCAGAGAAGCCUCGAGACAGUAGAUCCCAUAUCUAACAGUGACCUGGGCUGCAGAUCACAGAGCGUGUCGCUGGAUUUCCGAGAAACGGGCAAAAACAUGUUAAUGAAAUACGUAGCUGUAUGCGAGGGACCUUUAAAAGACCAAGGGUGGAACACAACAACUGCAAAACAAAUGUUGUGUUACUUUAUGAAAUCCCAGAACUAA